UCAUAUAUCGAUCAUUUUACACGCGAUGAAAUUGUUAUAUGUGUUACAUGUUAUAUGCGAUCGAUGUAGGUAUGUAAUAAAUUUGGUAAUAAUUAGAAUUAAUUUCCUUACAACGUUAUUUUGUGAUAAUAGAUUUUGUUUACUCCUUGUUUUAAAUAACCUGGCAUAAAACCACAGUUUAUCCAAAGAAAAAUAAAUAUUCAGCACUACGACAGACAUGAAAGGUUAUCGCAAUUAAAUUACAGAAUUAUCAAAUAGCCAGUAUAGUUCAACUCCGUAUCCGAUUGUUCAUUAUUUAAAUUUUUAAUAGAAAUAUAUGAUAACCUUCGUAUUACACAAGACAUAAUUUCAUUUAAUAUUGAAAAAUAUGGAUAUUAAGAUUUUGGACGGUGGAUUUAGUUCACAAUUAUCCACUCAUAUUGGUGCAAAAAUUGAUGGCGAUCCUCUGUGGACAGCAAGAUUUUUAGCGACAAAUCCCAAUGCAGUUUAUGCUACGCAUUUGGAUUUUCUACGAGCAGGUGCAGAUAUUAUUGAAACAAGUACAUAUCAAGCUUCAGUUCCUGAUUUAAUGAAAUAUUUAUCUGUAACUGAAGAGGAAGGUAUAAAAUUAUUACACAAAGCUGCAAAUCUUGCUAAAAAUGCAGUGAAUGAUUAUAUUAAAGAAAUUAUAGACAACAAUGAUAUUGAAAAUAAGAAUCCUAUCAUUGCUGGCUCCUGUGGACCUUAUGGAGCUAGCCUACACGAUGGUUCUGAAUAUAAUGGAACUUAUGGUAAAACAACACCUCGUGAUACCAUCAUUGAAUGGCACAAAUCACGUAUAAAUGCUCUUGUAGAUGCUGAUAUAAAUUUAUUAGCACUAGAAACUAUACCUUGCUGUCAGGAAGCAGAAGCAUUAAUUGAACUUUUAAGAGAAUAUCCAAACAUUAAGGCAUGGCUUUCAUUUUCUUGCAAAAAAGACAGUCAAAACAUAGUAGAUGGGAGUAAUUUCCAAGAAAUUGCUUUACGUUGCUAUAAAACGGCAUUACCAGGACAAAUAGUUGCCAUUGGUGUAAAUUGCAUUGCUCCAGAAAACGUAACUCCUUUACUAAAAAAUAUCAAUACAGGGCCAGCAAAUGAGUUUAUACCAUUAAUCGCAUAUCCUAAUAGCGGUGAAAUCUAUUUACAAAGUGAAGGCUGGAUAAAAAAUGGAAAUUCUGCUUCAUUUGAAAAUUUUAUUCCUGAAUGGCUAGAACUUGGAAUACGUUAUCUUGGAGGUUGUUGCAGAAUGUAUGCAGAAGAUAUAAAAUCAAUUAGAAAAGAAGUAAACAAUUUCAAGAGGAAAAGGGAGUCAUAAUGGAUUAACUGUUUUAUUUAAUCAAUUAUUUUAAAUACGUCAUUAUGUUAAAUCAAUUAUUUUUUUCCUGUUUAUUUUAAGUAAAGUUUUGUGACCUAUAUAUUAAAUAUUUAGAAAAUAUA